AUCGCACCCAUCACUGUUGUUACGCACCGUGACACACUGAGAACAGAAGAGGAAUGUGAAAGCGCACUUUACGCAGCUUCAGCGGCCUCUGACAGUUUACCGAGUCACACUUUUUGGGCGGCUAACUACACUAAAGAAAACAGCAUACGCAGAGCAGAGACAGAGCGCAUGACCUUCGACAUUCUGCACUACGCGCUGUUGACGGCUGAGACCGCGGUGAAGAUCAUGAAACAGAAACAGAGAAACGAAGAAGAGGAUGAGAUGAUGCGCGCGCUUGAAGGAACUGGUGUCAGCGGACAAGUUGCGCAAGACUCCGCGGAAGGUGAUCAACAAAUCCUUAUUUCCUACAUACGAUAUGUAAGAUAGUGCUGGCCCGCAAAGUAGCAUUUACACUAAUCGACACGGUAAGGCACAGAUAAAUGACAAUUAUUCACCGUAGUGGAGGUGGCUAGUGGUGGGUUUUUACCGUGCAGUGAACCGACGAUAAAUUUAGGUUAGACGAAGCUUUUGCCUGUGAAAACGUCCAAACCAAAUUUCGUUGCCUUCCUCGUGUAUUUCGGGAAAAGCUUUUUCGAUUAUUUGUGAAGUUUCCUCGUUUGUUACAGCAGCAAACCGGAAUGCUAUUUUGCUCGUAACCUACGCGAUUUUGGCGCCGCUGUAAAGUGAAUACCACUGGAUAUCCCGAGUUUAAGCAGCCAAUUAGAGCACGCGAAAACCAUUAUCCACUGCUUUAGUGUAUACUAAAUAUAAUUAACAUAUAUUCAAGAUUCAUAGUAUAUUAAGAUUGAUUCACUGUAACAUCUUGCAAUUUGAAGAAAAACCUAGCCUACGAACCGGGAAAAAUCCGCGUUACAACAUUGGCCGUUUUUAUACUAAGGAUGUACUAUCCGUAUGGACGAACUUGGGCAAACAUUUGUAGCUCGUCUGGUUAUGCGUCUCAAAUCACUUUAUUUCCUCUCCGUCAUCUCAUCCUUCAAUAAUGUUCAGACCUCUCAUUGUAGGUUAGUACCAAGCGUUCCUUCGCAAGGCGCGCCUCCUCCUCAGGCGCUGUGUUUUUUGCACUUUGGUCGAGAACAAAGUAGCCUGCAUCGCAAACUCGGUUAGUAAUGUCUGCGAAGCAGCGCCGAGAUCCUUGUUCUGUGCCCCCAACGGAGUCAACGAAUUAUCGGAAGGGCAUUUUGAAUUUCCUUUCAUGCUGAUUGGCAAAACAACAAUGGCUUUUUUAACGGACCAGUCAUGGCUCGUACUCAAAUCCUGGUACACAGGUGGAGACUCAGAACAAGUAUUUCGGUGCUGUUUCGCAGACGGACUUAACCAGAGUUUAGUUUCGUCUGUGGCGCAGGAUGAGAGCAAUGGCGAGCGCGAAACGCGAGAGACUGGUGACGAAGCGUAA